GUCUCAUUCUGGGCCUUACAUUUUGCUUACAAUGCUGCAUCUCGGGGCUGUUAUCCAUUUCCUUGGGAACGCACAGCAAUUCAACUAGAGGGAAUGGCGAUGGCCCUUCUCUCAGCACCACCAUUAUCUCAUCAAACCUCAUUCUUCCAACGCCCUUACUCUCCCUCUUUUAGCUCCAUAACUUUCUUCAAGUAUCCAUCUAAGCCUACCAUCCCUCUGUCCACUACUUCUUCUUCUUCAACUUCUACUGCUGAAGAUAAACCUUCUGCUUCACCUGAUGUUAUACCUGUCCAAUCAGAACCUGCCACCGUUGCAGUUGACCAGCCUCCUUUCAGGGGUUGCAAGGCCUGUGGGAGAGAGGAACUGGAGAGGGGAUGCAAUGGUGAGGGAAGGAUUCAAGGAGGGAUUGCAACAGUCCCAGGGUUUGGUUGGUGGCCUAUAAAGGCUUACCGGCCUUGUCCUGGAUUUGUGGCAUCUGGUGGUAGGUAUAGGCGACGGGGUCAAAGCAUGGAUGAGGUUGCCUCUGGAAGAAUUGGGAGAGCUAGUCCUGUAGGGACUAAUGAUGAGGCUGAAUCACCAAGAAAAAGCAAGGUCCAAGGAAGUUCAAGAGAUAACCAAUGCAUAGAAUGAGAUGUACCUGCAAUUGCAGCAUAGCUCGAUUCAGAAAAAGCCAGACCUGGUGCAGCCAUUAGUCAUGGGUUUGUUAAACGACCAUACACAUGCCAUUUUUCCAUUUUUUUGGCUUUGAUCUUAGGGAACAUGGAAAAGCUGUUACUUGUAAUUGCCUACAUGUCUUUGCUGCCUGUCCACUCUCUACCUUCCCAGUUGAUCUGCGCAAUGAGAGUGAGCAAACUCCUGAAAUUGACCAACAGACCAAUUAUAUAAUUUUGUCAAAGCAUAAAUUGGCUUCAA